GGCAUUGUGUCGGCAGCGCCGAGCCGCAUUUGUCUGCUCGAGGUGCUGGCGGAGCGAGCGUUGUGUCCGGCGGCCGGUCGCGAGCUGGAAGUGUCAUCGGUGACCGCGGCCCCGGGAGGAGACCGAGUCGGAGGAACCUCGCGCCCGCUGUCCACGACCACCGGCAGGGAGCGGCGUGCCCGCGGAGCAACAUGCAGAUAGGCGCCCGGCGCCGUGACGACCCCUCCAGAGGAAAAGAGUCCGGGGCGGCGCUGGGGCGGCGGGGAGCAUGAAGGAGGCCGGGGGGCGGCUCAGCUCGGAGCGCUGCUAGGAGCGCUGCGCGCUGCACAGUCGCCAGGGCGCAGCGGAGGGCGGGGAGCCGGGCGGGGAGCCGGGCGGGUCGCGCCAGCGAGCGGGAGCCGGUCGCCGGGAGCUGUUCUGAUUUCGGACGCGGACGCUAGGGGCCCGGAGCAGCCCCCGACCCCGGCGUGCAGCCAACAUGGGCAACGCGGGGAGUAUGGAUUCGCAGCAGACCGAUUUCAGGGCGCACAACGUGCCUUUGAAGCUACCGAUGCCGGAGCCAGGUGAACUAGAGGAACGAUUUGCCAUCGUGCUGAAUGCUAUGAACCUACCUCCUGACAAAGCCAGGUUACUGCGGCAGUAUGACAAUGAGAAAAAGUGGGAACUGAUUUGUGACCAGGAACGGUUCCAGGUGAAGAAUCCUCCCCACACAUACAUUCAAAAGCUCAAAGGCUAUCUGGAUCCAGCUGUAACCAGGAAGAAAUUCAGACGGCGUGUUCAAGAAUCCACACAAGUGCUGAGAGAACUGGAAAUUUCUUUAAGAACCAACCAUAUUGGAUGGGUCAGAGAGUUUUUGAAUGAAGAAAACAAAGGCCUUGAUGUCCUGGUGGAGUAUCUGUCGUUUGCACAGUACGCGGUAACGUUUGACUUUGAAAGCGUGGAAAGCACCGUAGAGAGCUCGGUGGACAAAUCAAAGCCCUGGAGCAGGUCCAUCGAGGACCUGCACAGAGGCAGCAACCUGCCCUCCCCCGUGGGCAACAGUGUGUCCCGCUCCGGAAGGCAUUCUGCACUGCGACUGGUUUCUCUGCCUGAGUAUCUUCAGUUCAAAUGCCACCAGAGCUGCUUCUCUCCCUGUUGCCUCUGGAGCAGCUUCAGUUUACACACUGAUGAUGAGGCUUCAAACCGGAAAAUCUCAUAUAAUACUUUGCCAAGCAGAAGAACCUUGAAAAAUUCAAGAUUAGUGAGUAAGAAGGAUGACGUGCAUGUCUGCAUCAUGUGUUUACGUGCCAUCAUGAAUUAUCAGUAUGGUUUCAACAUGGUCAUGUCUCAUCCACAUGCUGUCAACGAGAUUGCACUAAGCUUGAACAACAAGAAUCCAAGAACAAAAGCCCUUGUGUUAGAACUGUUGGCAGCCGUUUGUCUUGUCAGAGGCGGGCAUGAAAUCAUUUUAUCAGCAUUUGACAACUUUAAGGAGGUUUGUGGAGAAAAGCAGCGCUUUGAGAAGUUGAUGGAACAUUUCAGGAAUGAAGACAAUAACAUCGAUUUUAUGGUGGCCUCUAUGCAGUUUAUUAAUAUUGUAGUCCAUUCAGUAGAAGAUAUGAAUUUCAGAGUUCAUCUCCAGUAUGAAUUUACCAAGUUAGGCCUGGACGAAUACUUGGAUAAGCUGAAACACACGGAGAGUGACAAGCUGCAGGUGCAGAUCCAGGCGUACCUGGACAACGUGUUUGACGUGGGAGCUCUGCUGGAAGACGCCGAGACCAAGAACGCAGCCUUGGAAAGGGUGGAGGAGCUGGAAGAAAACCUCUCUCAUUUGUCUGAAAAGCUGCAAGACACGGAGAACGAAGCUAUGUCCAAGAUCGUGGAACUGGAGAAGCAGCUCAUGCAGAGGAACAAGGAGCUGGAUGUGGUUCGAGAAAUCUACAAAGAUGCAAAUACCCAGGUUCACACCUUAAGGAAAAUGGUCAAAGAAAAAGAAGAAGCCAUUCAAAGACAGUCUACCCUGGAAAAAAGGAUUCAUGAACUGGAAAAACAAGGGACCAUUAAAAUUCAGAAGAAAGGGGAUGGGGACAUCGCCAUACUGCCGGUUGUGGCUUCUGGCACGUUGUCCACGGGCUCGGAAGUAGCAGUGGGACCAGUAACGGGGGCUGCCGCCUCGGGACCCUUGCCCCCACCUCCCCCACCUCUACCUCUGUUGUCAGAUGCACCUGAAACAGUGCAAAAUGGUCCGGUAACACCACCUAUGCCACCCCCUCCUCCGCCCCCUCCCCCGCCACCGCCUCCCCCACCCCCUCCACCUCCGCCUCUGCCGGGUCCUGCCUCCGAGACUGUGCCAGCUCCUCCUUUACCACCACCCCUUCCUCCUUCUGCACCCCCGCUGCCUGGGACGUCUUCACCCACAGUGGUUUUCAACUCAGGAUUAGCAGCUGUGAAAAUUAAGAAGCCAAUCAAGACGAAAUUCAGAAUGCCAGUUUUUAACUGGGUUGCCCUGAAGCCAAAUCAGAUCAAUGGCACAGUCUUCAAUGAAAUUGAUGACGAGCGAAUUCUGGAGGAUUUAAAUGUGGAUGAAUUUGAGGAAAUUUUUAAGACAAAAGCCCAAGGUCCUGCCAUUGAUCUUUCUUCAAGCAAACAGAAGAUAACGCAGAAGGGAUCCAACAAGGUGACGUUACUGGAAGCAAAUAGAGCCAAAAACCUUGCCAUCACUUUACGGAAGGCCGGAAAGACCGCCGACGAGAUUUGCAAAGCCAUUCAUGUCUUUGACUUGAAGACGCUGCCUGUGGACUUUGUGGAAUGUUUGAUGAGGUUCUUGCCGACCGAGAAUGAGGUGAAAGUGCUUCGGCUCUACGAGCGGGAGAGGAAGCCGCUGGAGAACUUGUCGGACGAGGACCGCUUCAUGAUGCAGUUCAGCAAGAUCGAGAGGCUCCUGCAGAAGAUGACCAUCAUGGCCUUCAUCGGGAACUUCGCCGAGAGCGUCCAGAUGCUCACGCCUCAACUGCACUCCAUUAUAGCAGCAUCUGUCUCUAUAAAGUCGUCUCAAAAACUCAAGAAAAUUCUGGAGAUCAUCUUGGCCCUUGGGAACUAUAUGAACAGCAGUAAACGAGGAGCAGUUUAUGGAUUUAAGCUUCAGAGUUUAGAUCUGCUUUUAGAUACGAAGUCGACAGACCGAAAGCAAACACUGCUGCACUAUAUAUCCAACGUCGUAAAGGAAAAGUAUCAGCAAGUGUCCCUCUUUUACAAUGAGCUCCAUUAUGUGGAGAAAGCUGCUGCAGUCUCCCUGGAGAACGUCUUGCUGGACGUGAAGGAGCUGCAGAGGGGCAUGGACCUGACCAAGCGGGAGUACACCAUGCACGACCACAACACGCUGCUGAAGGACUUCAUCCUCAGCAACGAGGGGCGGCUGAAGAAGCUGCAGGACGACGCCAAGAUCGCGCAGGACGCCUUUGAUGAUGUGGUGAAGUAUUUUGGAGAAAACCCCAAGACGACGCCGCCCUCUGUCUUCUUCCCUGUGUUUGUCCGGUUUGUGAAGGCCUACAAGCAAGCAGAGGAGGAGAACGAGCUGAGGAAGAAGCAGGAACAGGCGCUCAUGGAGAAGCUCCUGGAGCAGGAAGCUCUGCUGGAGCAGCAGGACCCAAAGUCUCCUUCUCACAAAUCAAAGAGGCAGCAGCAAGAAUUAAUUGCGGAAUUAAGAAGGCGGCAAGUUAAAGAUAACAGACAUGUGUAUGAAGGGAAGGAUGGUGCCAUUGAAGAUAUCAUCACAGCUUUAAAGAAGAAUAAUAUCACUAAAUUUCCAAAUGUUCACUCGAGGGUAAGGAUUUCUUCUAGCACACCGGUGGUGGAGGAUACACAGAGCUGAUCUUAGAAACCAACCAUACAGACGAGCCGAUGCGGUGAGGAGAAGUGUCAGGCGGCGCUUUGAUGAUCAGAACUUGCGUUCUGUUAAUGGUGCCGAAAUAACCCUGUGAACCUGAGACCUGACUGAAUGAAUAGUUUGUGCGUGAAAGAAGCUGUCCACAUGAACUUUAUGUGCCGCCAUUUAACUGCAGCCUUGAACAUAGAUGAAGUAUUCUAAGGGCUCAGAUUUAGCAAACAUAGGAAUUUUAAAAUGAUGGGCCCUCCUUUCAACCUUUGUUAACAAGUGCCUAAAAGUGGAAGUACCUGCUCAGAUUAAUCAAAGCAAUAGGAUUGGAUUUGAUUAGGUAUCUUUUUACACCAGUAUGUUACUCAAUUUUUUAAUCAAAUUGUAAAUUUCCUAUUACGUGUAUUACCUGCCAUUGUGAAUGUCCCAGGAUGGCCCACCCUGGUUUCCUGCGAAGUUGUAAAUAAGAUGGAUGCCUCUGUGGUGGGCUCCUUUGUUGAGAUGUCUUUUAAGGAAUUUUGUGUUUCAGUCAUACCCACCAACUUUGUAUUUUUAAGGGCUUGCAACAUGGAAGAGGGAAAAGUCUCAUGAUAAACUUGUGUGCAAAACCAAGCCCUAGCAAAGUUCAGAUAGAUUGCAAUUCCAAUAGCUCAGGAGGAUACUCAGCGGUCUCCUUUCACAGUCUACUACCCUGUGCUAGUGUACCGUGCCCUCCCUGGGAGAGUCCCUGUAUGAAUGCAAGGAUAUGAUGGCAUACAAAUGUUGCACAGUACUGUUCUUCAGCUAGGGGCAGCUUUGAAAAGAUAAUGCAAUAUAUUUAUUAAUUAGCACUAAAGUUAACAUCUCAGUAAUCAGUAUUAGGAUUUCUGAGGAUCAUUAUGGGUCAAAACUGAGAAGAGAAAUCAGUGCCUUGCUAGCCAGGAAUAAGUUCACUAGUUCUAUCAACAGUGCUCAAGAUUACUUCUGCUGGCGGAGAAGUGUUAGUCACCCAGCCUUACUCUCUGACAAUCGGUUGGCUCCGAGCGCCCCCCCCCCCCCGCCUUCUUCCUUUUGUAAGUCGAAGAUAUAUUUGGCAUCAUAUAUCAAAGCGAAAAACUUUGUAUUUCCCAUAUUACUUUAUGAGGAAUUGAAUAUUCAUGUUGGGAUAAAGCUUAAAUGAGAUAUAAUGGGACUAAAUGGCCAACUAAGCCACUGUUACUUUUCCUUCCUCUGGCAGGGCACUCGAUCCAUUCCAAAGUCAAAAACUGGACUGAAGCUAAUUUGUACUUUUCAUAAUAUACAUUCUGCUUCUGGCUUACCUUCUUGGUACAUCACAUCAGUAUAUUAAUUGUAAAGUUUAUUGUAUAGUAUUUAACCACUGAAUUUCUUAUUUUAUGUUGUGCUCAUGUGAACUCCUUGGUGAAGGUCCAAUUUUCCUUGGAUAAUGUGUAGUUAUAUAUGAUCUCUUUUUAAAUGUACAGAUAUUUUGCUAUAAAAUUGGUGCAGUUUUUUAUGGUUUUUACACUUAAUUCCCACCUAAGCCUCUGGGUAAUAUUGUAAAUAUUGUUUAAAAAUGCAUCGGCCUAUGCUAUACAAUCUGAAUGUUAUUUUAACUUAUAGUUUUUUUAAUAUAUAUAUUUAACUACAAGGACAGUUUAGAGAUCAGUUAUCACAUUUCACUUUAGCAUACCUAUUUACAGAAAGAUUGCUUUUAAACAGCCACUUGCCAGCAAAUUUUCAUAAAUGUGUACUUUAAAAAGAACAUGCCAAGAUUUUGUUUUUCUGUUGACCCAACAUUAAUUUUGACAAUACCAUGAGACACACAAUACAAAUUGGUCCUUUACCACAAGCAGCUGUUUCCCAAAGCUCAAUGCUGACGAGCACAUUAAAAUCACUACUAUUUAUUAAUCUCCAAGUAGACAAUAAUGUUGGCAUGUUCUUUUCUGUUUGUCUAUUAAUAGGCCUGCUUCUUAGCAAUAUUAGAAAUGUUUUAUAAAAGCAGUUCAUGUUACUUUUCUGGUCUUUUCAUGGCAUAUGAGCAAAUAAACUAUUUACACCACUA